AUGUACUGGGAUAAGAAAGGAUACAGCUUUCGCAAUUUUCCUCCAGGUGUUUUACCGGGGACCGAUGAAAUUACCGGAAGAAAACUCUUGUAUGAUAAGGAAGAUUUGACGGAGAAUAGGAGUUUGGGACGAAAGAAACGCGACAUUCCGAAUGUUUCAAGUUACUGCUUCAACGAACUUCACAUGUUUUUAAGAAUCAAAUCAUGUGCUUCUCACUUCAAAAAAUCAACCUUCCGAGGAUUCACUUCCACCACUUACCGACUUCACGAAAAAACGUCAAAUCAUGAAGCUGAAACUCAUUUUGGGUUCAAGAGUGUCCCGGAAAGCAUGAAAGAAACCUUGGUUGGACAGGUUUUCUCCAACGUGGCGUCGAAAUACGAUGUUAUGAAUGACGCGAUGAGUCUUGGCAUACAUCGACUGUGGAAAGAUCAUUUCAUCAGAGCUAUGGCUCCUGGCCCCGGUACCAAAUUAUUGGAUGUUGCUGGGGGAACAGGUGACAUCGCCAUGAGAUUCCUUAACUAUUGUAAGGAAAUCCAUGGGGACAACAGUGCUCAGGUGACAUUAUUGGAUAUCAAUCCACACAUGUUGAACGUUGGCAAGAAAAGAUUUUCAAUGACACCGUACGAAAAAACGUCCCAAGUUACUUUUGAAGUGGGAAACGCUGAAGAUCUCUCUUCUAUCCCGUCGAAUUCGUACGAUGCCUACACGAUAUCAUUUGGUAUUCGCAAUUGUACUCGCAUAGAUCGAGUUCUGGAUGAGGCCUACAGAGUUUUAAGGCCUGGGGGAAGGUUUAUGUGCUUAGAAUUUGGAAAUGUACAAAAUCCCGCGAUUGCACCAUUAUACAAGAUGUAUUCAUUUCAAAUUAUCCCGGUCAUCGGACAACUGGUUGCUGCAGAUAGAGACUCAUAUCAAUAUCUUGUAGAAAGUAUUCAACAAUUCCCUUCGCAAGACAGAUUUGCGGAGAUGGUAAAAAACGCAGGGUUUACAGUUGUGGGAGAUGGUUGGGAAAAUUUAACUUUUGGUAUUGCGGCCAUUCACUCUGGAUUUAAGUUGUGA